AGAUGCAUUUCGCGACCGACCGAUGAAAGAUACGAGCACCUGAAUUCAGCCUAACUAGCGCAUGGUAUUCAGACGACCGUCAAUCGGAUGAUAUACACUGGUCAAAAGCUUAGAGCGAACAACUAGCACUCUCUACUUCUGUCAUGGCAAACAAACGUCGAGUUAGAUGGGACGACCCUAUCAUCCAUGGCCCUACAUUGUCAGACCCCAGUCGUUCCACGUGCGCCUCGAAGGGAAUUAUUGGUCACCCUACUAACAUGGCGCUUGGCAAAGAUGACCUUGACUGGAUAGACGAGCGACUGAGGGUAUUUAGAAUUUUCGAGCAACUCUGCAGAGAGGCUCACCCCCCAAGCCCGUCGAGUGAGGUCAUCUCACCCAGCGAGAUGCUUCUUGGCGAGGACGAUCUUCUGCAGAUGAACGAUAAACUGGAGACAUACGAACGACAGGAGCAUGAUGAAUUACUCCGUAUCUGUGAAGAGGCAUUUAACGAUCGAUCGAUAGUCACGGGAUGCACUAGCACUACCUGCGUAGGUACAUGCCCUGCAUUGUUGCGCACGUGUCAGUCAUGGGACUCGCACCAAGCUCCUCACUAUAUGGACCAACUUUGCGAAGAAGCGUUCAAUAGUCGGGCCUUGAUCGCCUGCACUAGUGCAUUCAGUUGGGGAAGAACCUGCCUUGUAUGUUAUACUCACUGUACGGAGUCACCGAUCGGUUCCGAGAGAGCCUCAGACGGGAUCAGCACAGAGGAAAACACCAAUUAUCGCAUAAUUUUGACCAACUUUGCGAACAAUUCUACGGUCGGGCCUUGGUGAUACCUUGCUCGAUGGGUUUCAAUUGGGAAACAUGCCUUUCAAGAGAGCAUAUACUAUACGGCCCCC